AUGAGUGAUGAUGGAGAGCAGCUGUUGAGGGCGUGCUUGUCAUCAGAUCCACAAAGGGCGCUGCAGCUGUUGAGCAGUUGGGAUCCACGACGUAUUCGAGAUGCCGCCGCCACUUUGAACCGUGAUAUUCUGGAUGGCUGGACAGCACUGCACUGUGCCUGCCUUCGGAGCCAUGUAAAGGUAGUGGAGGUGCUGUUGAAGCACGGCGUUGAUGCCGAAGCCCAGACCAACUAUGGCCGAGCUCCACUGCACUAUGCCUGCGAGAAGGGCCAUGUCAAGGUGGUGGAGAUGCUGUUGAAGCACGGUGUUGAUGCCAAAGCCAGGGACGAUGUGAGUGCCUCCCUUUUUCCGUACCUUCUGGGAAUGUAUGGCCGGACUGCAGUACACUAUGCCUGCGAUCAAGUCUAUGUCAAGGUGUUGGAGAUGCUGGUGGAGCAUGGCGCUGAUGCAAAAGCCAUGGACGACGUCAGUACCUCCCACUUGCUCUUCCGUCUUAUGAUGGUACACCUACAACAUAUGAUAACGCUGUAUCUAAUGCUGAGGCAUCAUCCCAUAAGAGGGGAGACGGCCUUCGAUGCUGGACGUCGACGUGGGCAUGCCAACAGGCUGGAGCCCGUCUUCACUGCCCACGAGGCUCGCCUUGCACAGCUAUUUGCCUGGCUGCCGCCCUUGCCCAGUCCUGCACCGUCCCUUGAGACGACGGCCGCUGUUGUGGUGUCGGUGGAAGGUUGGCUCAGACCGCUCCUGCCCGAGCAAUCCACCACUCACCCCCUCCCGCACCUCGAUGCCUUUAUCAGCGGUGCCAUCAAGCGAAACUCUAAUCUCGCAGCAAUGGUUACGAAGAUCCAGAACACCAUCGAUGAAGCUCCACCAGAGUUUCCUGCCUUGAACUGGCCUGCCUUCAAAGCGACCAUCACCCGCGCCCUCGGCGUCCUCGACCAAGCAGUGCCAGUUCCCGAAGCGCUACAGGGCUGCCUCAGCCAACUGGACCCCAACAUUGACAAUCUAGAAUCGGUACUUGAAAAGAUGCAAAGUCUAACAGAGCAGAUUGAGCUCCAACCAGUAUAUCUUGAACUCCAGAACAUCUUGGCAAAAUGUCCCGCUCCAGCCACCGCGCCCACGACUGCGUUUGAGACGCCACCCACCGACUUUGCAGCAGCUCUGGGCAAACUCGUCAUGCUGCACAAUGUGGAACCCGAGCGCCAAGAACGGCUUACCAGCACUGACACCAAUAUCAAGCGGCGGGUGCUGGCGUUGAUUGAUGCUCUGGACGCCGUGGCAAGGGCGGGUACCACCGACACUGACACAAUGCAUCGCGUGGACACGUUACGGCAACGCGCACAAUGCUCGGAUGUGAGCGCACCACUUUCGGCCAAGUCGUUACCCGAGGCGUGGGAGCAGCUGUGCCAGGCUCACGAACGUCUCAGCUCGCCCAAACAGAAUGGGCUGGAGCAGCUCGCAGACUGGAGAGCAGAACACGAUUAUGAGCAUCAGGACUGGUACCUGGCGUUUGUGCUGCACGGGUCGCAAGCCCUGUUGCAGCAGCUGCAGGAUAUGAUCGACUGGCAGGCCAAGACGCUUGCAUUGGGUGUACACCUCCGCAAAGUACUUGGCCCCGACCUUCCAGCCAGUCUGAUCUUGGAGGCCAUGACCGAAGUGGACCAAGUGUUGACGCUCUCCUGCCUGGGUCAGCUUGAGCUCCAUUACAACCAAAACCACAAGGUGUACAAAGCUCGUGCAGCGCUGCCAAAUCGGCCUGAGCAAGAACAGGAUUUGGCUGUCAAGGAGUAUGCAUUUGCCCAGCAACACAAGCAAAAUCAGUGUCGUACGUUUCUGCGCGAGCUUCGCGCCAUGCGCCAGCUUGAGCAUCCAAACAUCGUUCCAGUCCUCGGUGCGCUUGUGGGCGUGCAUGAUGGCCACCCAAGCGCCUAUCUGGUGCAGCCGUGGUGUACACAGGGGGAUCUGCAGCAGUGGCUCGGCAAGGCGCGGCAUCUGGCCGCCUCGACCGUCGUUGCGAGUUUGAUGACGCAGCUGCGCAUGGCCCUGGCGUUUAUGCAUAGCAAGGGCCUGGUGCAUCGGGAUGUCAAGCUGAGCAAUGUGAUGCUGGACGGUGACGAGGACCAACCUGUUGUGCGGCUCGGCGAUUUCGACAUUGCCAAGGCGGCUGCCGAAGCCACCAUGCUGCCAUGCACAGCCACUGCGUCGUCGGGCACGACUGGCUAUGUAGCACCGGAGGUGCUUUUCGGCCAGGGUCGAGUGGGGGCGCGUUCGGCACAGGAUGCCUUUUCCUUUGGCUGUGUGCUAUACAACACCUACAUGUUUCCACAGACGGUGCCACCUGCUCGUUUACCCACGGACCAGCUUGCCGAUCAAUGCACAUGGGAUGCAGGGGCAGGAGGUGCAGAAUGCAGUUUUCCGCACUUGGCGGCUGAGAUGUGCAAUUCGACGAGCGAGUUGUACAAGGAAACACGGGCCUUGCUUGCAACAGAUCCAAAGCAGCGGCCAAGUCUCUUCAGCGCCGGGCAAAGAGUGCAGCGACCUGUCACGACUCAAGCUGUUGGACCAGCCAUUGACGUUUUACGCGACGCACCCGAGCUCAUCCCAGAGGUGGUUGAGCUGCUACAGCAGCUGAGUGCUGACGGGCGAGGGCCAAGCAACAUUGCAGUGCGGCGGGUGGAGCGUGUGCAGAACCCCGUGCUGUGGGAACGGUACAGCGCCAAGCGAUGGGAGAUGCUGCACCGCAUUACAAGUCAGGAGCACUAUGAUCAACUUCAUACGGCCACAGUAGAUGCGCUCUCGGGCUGUCCAGCUUUGCUUCGAAAUACACCCUGUCAAGAGCGCUUGUUGCUUCACGGCAUCGCCCCUGACACAAUGUUGCGCGACAAGAUUGUGCGCCUGGGCUUUGACUAUCGUUUCGCUGGUCGCAGCUCAGGCCACAAUUAUGGACUUGGUGUUUACUUGGCCGAUCAUCCCGGCAAGAGUCACCAAUAUGCGACGUGCGGAGCAAACGGCGAGCGCAUGCUCAUUAUUACGCGAGCUCUGUUGGGCCGUGCCUAUGUCCAUCCUUCGCCUCCUUUCAGAGCGCUAGCUCCCCCGCUGCUGCCCGAUGCACCCAACAACGAGCGAUUUGAUUCUGUCAUUGCUACACCGCAAGUUACGUUUCGCGAGGUGAUAAUGUUCGACAACGCCCAGAUUUACCCCGAACUAGUCGUCUACUACACUGCCUAG